CGGCGGCGGCGGUGGUGAGGGCCCAGUAACGGGCGGGAGGCGGAGGGACCCGCCGCCCCUCAGCGGGCCCGGAGCCGGAGGAUCGUCUUUCCUUAAGGAAGUGAAGGAGCCGCCGCCGAGAUGGGGCGCCGAUCCACGUCCUCCACGAAGAGCGGGAAGUUCAUGAAUCCCACGGACCAGGCCCGAAAGGAGGCCCGGAAGAGGGAGCUGAAGAAGAACAAGAAGCAGCGGAUGAUGGUUCGCGCCGCGGUGCUGAAGAUGAAGGACCCCAAGCAAAUCAUCCGGGACAUGGAGAAGCUGGACGAGAUGGAAUUCAACCCGGUGCAGCAGCCCCAGCUGAACGAGAAGGUGCUGAAGGACAAGCGCAAGAAGCUGCGCGAGACCUUCGAGCGCAUCCUGCGCCUCUACGAGAAGGAGAACCCCGACACCUUCAAGGAGCUGCGCAAACUGGAGGCCGACUACGAGCAGAAGCGCGCCCAGCUCAGCCAGUACUGCGACGCCGUCAAGAACGCCCAGCACGUGGAAGUGGAGAGCAUCCCGCUGCCGGACAUGCCGCACGCCCCGUCGAGCAUCCUGAUCCAGGACAUCCCGCUGCCCGGCGCCCAGCCGCCGUCCAUCCUGAAGAAGACGUCGGCCUACGGGCCGGCCGGCCGGGGCCCGCCGGCCCUCCCGCUGCCGGGGCCCGGGCCGGGGCCGGGGCCGGGGCCGGGGGUCCCCCGCCUGCCGCCGGGCCGCAAGCCCCCCGGCCCCCCGCCCGGCCCGCCCCCGCCCCAGGUCCUGCAGCUGUACGGGCGCAAGGUGGGCUUCGUGGACCCGCCCCCGCGCCGCAGGGACGAGGACGGCCCCUUCGGACCCGACUCAGGCCGGCGCGGGGAGGAGGCGUCCAGCAGCAGCGAGGACGAGGGCUACCCGGAGGACAUGGAGCAGGACAAGGGCGAGGACAGCAGCGACGACAGCGACAGCGACCGGUCGGACGCCGCCGACAGCGAGGGGGACGACUUCCCGCUGCGGGGCGAGGCCCCCAGGCCCGACGGCGACGACAAGAAGGCCGGGCUGAGCGUGCGGUUUGCCGACAUCCCCGGGAAGCCGCGGAAGAAGAAGAAGAAGAAGAACAUGAAGGAACUGACGCCCUUGCAGGCCAUGAUGCUGCGCAUGGCGGGCCAGGAGAUCCCGGAGGAAGGCCGGGAGGCGGAGGGCUUCUCGGAGGAGGAAGAGGAGGACGACGACGACGACGACGACGACGAGGAGGAGGAGGACGCGGAGGGGUCGGAGGAGUCGGGCCCCGAGGACCCGGCGCUGCGCAAGGAGGACGGCCCGGCCGACGGCGGGGCCGGCCCGCCGCCCCCGCCCCAGCCCGGCCCGCCCGCCCAGAUGCACGCCGCCCCCGGGCCCGGCCCCCCGCCCCUCGGCCCCCCGCCUGCGGCCCCCCCGGGCCCCCCCGCCGGACUCCCGCCCGGACCCCCGCCAGGUGCCCCCCCGUUCCUGAGGCCCCCGGGGCUGCCGGGCCUGCGGGGCCCCCUGCCUCGGUUGCUGCCGCCGGGCCCGCCGCCGGGCCGUCCCCCGGGCCCCCCGCCCGGCCCGCCCCCGGGCCUCCCCCCGGGCCCGCCCCCGCGGGGUCCGCCGCCCCGCCUGCCGCCCCCGGCCCCUCCAGGUCUCCCGCCGCCGCGGCCCGGCCUGCUGCGCCCGCCGCCGGGCCCGCCGCUGGGGCCCGCCCCGCCGGGCCUCUUCCCGCCGGCCCCGCUGCCCAACCCGGGGGUCCUCAGCGCCCCGCCCAGCCUCAUCCAGCGGCCCAAGGCGGACGAGGCCGCGGGGGCCGGGGGGCCGGCCGCCCCCGCCACCAUCGAGAAGAAGGCCACGGCCACCAUCAGCGCCAAGCCGCAGAUCACCAACCCCAAGGCCGAGGUGACCCGCUUCGUGCCCACGGCCCUGCGGGUCCGCCGGGAGCACAAGGGGGCCGCCCCCGCCCCGCCCCGCAAGGCCGAGGACCCCGCCGGCGGACCCCCGGCCAAGGCCGGGGCCCCGGCCCCCCUGCCCCUGCAGACCAAGGACGACGUCUACGAGGCCUUCAUGAAGGAGAUGGAGGGGCUCCUGUGAGCGGCGGCCGGCGAAAUCCGCCGGCGGCCGCGGGCCGGACUCCCGGGCGCCGGGAGCGGUCGGGAAAUACAGCCCUAUGGGAACGAG